UUAUCAUACUUUUUUAAUUAAGCAUCCAAUCAAAAUUAGCCGCAUGAAACGUGUAGUUUGAAGCUUGAACCGAAUCAGUCCGUUCCAUAAAAGCCCAAUACCUGACGUAAAAUCCCAAUUUUCCACAUUGUUUCCACCUACGAUUGCGGCGAGCUUCUCUUCUCUUCUUCUGAUAUUCGCGGUUUAAUCUUCAUCUCAUCGGAAUGGCACGUACGAAGCAAACCGCUCGCAAAUCCACAGGAGGAAAGGCUCCAAGAAAGCAGCUUGCCACAAAGGCUGCCAGGAAGUCAGCUCCCACCACUGGUGGAGUCAAGAAGCCCCACCGAUACCGUCCAGGAACUGUCGCACUUCGUGAAAUUCGGAAGUAUCAGAAAAGCACUGAGCUCUUGAUCCGCAAGCUGCCCUUCCAACGACUUGUCCGUGAAAUUGCACAAGACUUCAAGACGGAUUUGAGGUUCCAGAGCCAUGCAGUUCUUGCACUUCAGGAAGCGGCUGAGGCUUACCUUGUUGGUCUAUUUGAGGAUACCAAUCUCUGUGCCAUCCAUGCCAAGAGGGUGACUAUCAUGCCCAAGGAUAUCCAGCUUGCCAGGCGAAUUCGUGGUGAAAGGGCCUAGAUGUUGCUUGUUGUCUGUUUUUUAGUUCCUUUUCAUGCACUCCAACUAUUAGGUUUACUAUGACUCUAAUCUGAAUCCCUGUAUAUUGGUUUCCCUACUGCAGUACUGAAACUGUUUUAGUUGUUCUAUGAGGUGGCAUGCUAUUCUAAAUUCCCCACAUUUAUUUCUUCUUUUUCUAUAUUCUGCAAUGAAUCGAGGUUCUAUAAUCUGCC